AUGCAUGAUGCAGGUUCUAAUGGGAAUGUUCGUAAUGCGUUAAUUCAAUCAACAGAUAUAUCAUUAGCAUUUGAUAAAACAUUACAUUUUAUUCGUACAGAAUGUAAAGUAAUGCUUUAUGUUGUUGAACAUAUAAAUCGUGAAUGUGGUAGUCAUUUUGAUUUUGUUGUUAAUUCAAUAUUUCCUGAAUUAAUACAAUGUCUUGAACAAUCAUUUAAUAUAUUAUUUUUUCAUACGAUGCGUUCUGAGAGUUUUCUCGGAAACUCCAUUAAAUGCUAA